AUACUUUGCGAGCGCCGCAUUUGUUUUCCGUGCGUGCAGAUAACAGUGAUUGUUGAUACAAUUAUCACAGCUCUGCCUACACAAUUAUUUGUCUUAUAAUCGAUCCUCAUUGUGAGAUCGACCUUUCGUGCGUUUCAUAAAAAUCAGGUUCAAGUUUUUUUUGUUUACAACAUUCAUCCAUAGCGCUGUACUGAAGGUGUACAGAAAUGCCCGCAACAGUGGAAAACGUCUCAGCCGAUAGCGAUAAACACAGCAGCGAUACGACGGCUGUUGUGUUCCACAAUGAUCACGUCUUCAGUGCCGGAGGAGAUGGCAAAGUGAAGAUAUGGACUACCGAUUUACGUUUGGUUAAGGAGCUUACUCCCCACGAGGGUUAUAUUUAUGCCAUGGCAGUCGACUCGAAAGGACAGCUUUAUACCAGUAGCUGCGACGGAACGAUCAAAUGCCUUACGAACCCACUCGCUAGCAAUGAGUGCAAGGAGCUGCUGAAAUGCAACGAUGAGAUCGAAUGUUUGUUUGUUGAUCCGAAGGAUAAUCUAUACAGUGGCGAUGAUAAGGGGAUCAUAACGAUGUGGAUCGACCAGCGCAUUAAGUAUAAGUUUAACGUGGUUGAGCAGGUACGCUCGAUGGCCACACAGAACAACAUAAUUUAUUCCAUUCGGGACAACGAUCUGACUGUGACGGAAAUUAUCGAAGGUUCCGCUUCGGGUCGCUUUAUGACGAAAGCGUCUAUCCCUGGGCGAUACCCGAUACGACUUUGUGGAGGUUGUACCGAAGAUGGCGUUUACAACAAUGUCGCAAUACUAACACGAGAUGGACUGGGUGUCACUAUGAUUAAAAAUAGCAAAAAGGAACAUUAUUCCGUCAUAUGGACCAAAGAGAAUGCGCAUAGCAUGAUUAUUAACGCCAUGGAUGCAAAGGAUGACUAUCUAUACACAGCAGGCUAUGGGGGAAUAAUCAAACAGUGGUCAGAUCUGGAUGCAAAAGAACCGAAACUGAAUGGGGAAAUUCUCCUUGGUUCUAGUGGCGUCUGCGUCAAUUCCGUUGCAAUUGGAGCCGAUAAAACACACGUGUAUGCGGGAUGCAGCGAUGGUGCUCUUCAGUUGGUUAAAUUCGUCUAGCUUCCCCUGUCGAACGAUAGUGAUAGGGAAAGAUAUGUUCACUAGCGAUUGGAUGCCAUUGUGCCAUCGGGAUACGAUCGUAGUCAAGCUGAUUGGGUAUAUGCUUGCCUAUAGAGUGUCAUCUAUUACUCUAUAUUACUACUACUCGAACUACUACAGCAGUUGUCGCUUGGGCGAUUGUGCGAAACAAAGAAACGAUAAGCUGCUUUGAUGAAAAGUGCUUGUGGUUUAACACUAAUUUAUCAAUUAUCUAUGGGAGCCAAAGGAUGCAAAAGCACGUACUGGAAACAAAUGGUACCAAAGUUUAAAUGAUUUGCUGUGGGCGAAUGUAUGCGAAAUAAAUGCCAUUUUUUAAAACACCAAACAAA